UGAGUCAGUCAGUCAGCCGUCGGACAGCGUCGAGGUUAGGUGCGUCGCGGUGUGCGGACGUUCCUUCUGGUGCACUCCGCGUGUCUCUCUCUUCGUCCGUAUCUUCGUUUUCUCCGGCGUGCGCGAUCUUGCGUUAUGCCCACUGCGAUCAUCGUCGCGAGAACGAGCCAGCGAUCGCCGAUGCGAUAAUAACAAACCGCGGUCGCGGUCCGUAUCGACGAGGAUGUCCUAAUAAAUCUUCGGGACACAUGCUCGAUCUUCCGAAAAGCAUCGUUCAAACGACGACGACGACGACGACGAAGAAGAAGACGCCAGACACUUCCUCGGGACUCUCCCUCUCGUCGUAGCGACUGCGACUGCCGUGAUGUUGCCGCGCGACCUGGUGACUGUCGCGACGGUGGUGACGAGCCUCGCCGUCGUCGUCGUCGUCGUCGACGGCGCGCCGCUCGCGAAUCUGGACCCGGAGGAUUACGAGGUGCUCGCCGAUGACGAGACGAAAUCCGCCGAUAACGAUUCGUCGAAUGUGAGAGAGGUCAGAUGCUACUGCAAUCAACCAGAUUGCGUACCUCAGGCAUAUAUGUGCCGCGGUAAGGUCUGCUUUACGGAACUACCGUCGAGCGCAAACACACUUCUAAGGAUGGAGCAGAGCACUCGUAGCGGUUGCUUGAACGAGGGCCUCAAGAAUCGCCAGUGUCCCGCGGGAUAUCUCUGUUGCAACCAAGAGGACCUCUGUAACCACGUGGACAGUCCUGCGAUGAAGAACAGGCUCAACAAGUCUCUGCAAGUGUUGGUGGGCGAUCAACGAGCGUACUUAGGCCCCAUGCAGCCCAACAGUCACGGGAGUCAAGGGACGACGGACAGCUGGUUCAGGACGACGACGAUCGUCGUGUCCGUCGGCGGUGUGGUGGUUCUGCUGAUACUCGCCAGCCUAGCCGUGAGAUUGCUGCAGCCUGUGCCAGCUCCGAUCCGCGCGAGCGGCAAGCUCGUGCCGCACCGGACGUCCGUGAACGGGCCGCCCUUACUCGGACCACCGAAAGUGCCUCUGGUUUAAGAAGGAAGUUCCGCGAUCCAAAGACAAAGUUUCUCGACACAAAGUGUUCUAAGUAGUAGUUUAAUUAGCGGAGCCGCGAUUGCGCUGGCUUUGGUGUAUGACUUCACUUAGCCUUGAACUUGGUAGAGUGUAAGGAUCUCUUUGUGUACAUAGUCCUUCGAUUCGACCACGUUUCGUUGAUUUUUUACGAUACAUUUCACGCGUGAGUGCGCGAAGCUUCGCGCGGAACCGCCGGAGUCAUAUACCGAAGUCCAGCCACGAGAGGCUGUUUAGAAAGCUAGCGGGCCGUCGAAGGCUCUACUCGGCUGUGAAUUUUACGAGAAAGAAAAGAAAAAUAAAAAAAGAAACGAGCAACUACUGUAAAUUAUAUUUGCGCGACGAUAGCGACGUAUUACUUGUUGCAUUUCUUCGAAACAACGUGUCGAUGCGGCGGCGCGUCGCGAGAGCUCGAAGAGUGAGAGAAUGGUCCACAGGAGGUCCGCUUUCGGGUCCUUCGAAUACACGACGUCACCACGACGUGUAGCGAGCGCACGUCCUGUGUCGUUGUAUGAUUCUGUAAAUAGUUGUAUCUACGUAUUUUUCUUUUUUCUUUUUAUCGUGUCGAACGAUACAUCAAUUUCGCAACGUCAUCACGAUCGGUGACAUUACAUCGCGAGAGACCGAUGUUCCCUAAGAAUAUCGUCGCAUAAACUUUCCGCUAUGAAUGACAGCCUUGAAGAAUAAGAGAACGGGAAAGCUACAUCUCGGAAAGAUGAAUGCUAGACAUUGCUAGACAUUGCGAGGGAAAAGAAAUUCGGGAGUACACACGUAUAUACCGUACACGUAGUAUACCGCGGCGGUCGUCGUCGCGACUUCAAGAUAUGGCCGUGACAUUUGUAAAGGCGUUACUUUGUACACGUAUUUGUAAGCGUAUUCCAUAUAAACACUAUUUGUGAUAGUACGACAUAAUAACGAAUAAAUAUAAAUAUAUAUAUAUAUAUAUAUAUAUAUCUAGGACGUUUACCUCUAUAAUAUAUAGACUCCGUUUUACACGUGUCACUUGUGUAAGGAAUGAACGAGAAUGAGCAAAGUAAAAGUGUAUUUUAAGCGCC